AUGGGUGGUGUAGACAAGAAUGAUCAAAUGAAAUCCUACUACACCAUUCCUGUAUCUGGAAAGAAAUGGUGGAUUAGAAUUUUGUUUGAUCUUAUUGACAGGAGUAUUUUCAAUAGUUUUAUUUUGGAACAGGAGUCACCCAAUCAUGGAAAGCGAACCCUGAAAUCCUUUCACAUUGACUUAGGAAAGCAACUAAUUGGUGACUUUUCCUCUCUAAGGAAACGUGUGAGACCCUCAGAUGAGCCAUUGUUGUUGCAUAAUGUAGAAAGGCACUUUCCUGAGUACCUUCCAACAAAUGAAAGUGGGAAGAGAAAGGAAAGAAGGUGUAAAGUAUGUUUUGAUUCUGGUGUGAGGAAGAUGACAAGUUACUUCUGCCUGGACUGUAAUGUAGUCUUUGUCCUGCACCAUAUUUCUGCACCUUUCAUCAAUCAUUUUGGCAAGACUCCAAAGCUCCUGACUCUUAACCACAGUUAUAUUGUGCUACGUUGA